AUGGCUAUAUCGAUACAAUAUUGGGCGAAUUAUACAGCCGAGGAACCGAAGUUGAUGAGAAAGUCGGAGAACGCCGUUAUUAGUAACCAUGUUCUAAAAUUUUUAUUUGACCAAGAGACGAAAAUGAUCCAUGCUGUUGUACAAGCUUCGAUGAGGAACACAUCAUAUAAAGUCACGGUAAGACCAAGAACCCAGACUUCAAUUAAAAAAGCAAAAAAACAAUGGAAGAAUUGUUUCCCCCUGCACGCCAAGAUUACUGCAUUAAAAUGGAUUCUUGAACCAGAGCCAUGUGAGCCAGGCCCACCUGUUCCUGUCAUUGAAGACCUGUUAACAUCACCAGAGUAUGUUCAUUCUGAUGCCCCUAUGGUAUGGUUAAGACAUGCAUUAUCCCUGUCAGAGGAAGCCAUUAAAAGAACAGCAUUUGCAACAAUUGGGCAAAGAAACAACCCGAUGUGGUCGAUUGUAAGAAAAUACGGAAUAACAGCUUCCAACUUUGGUACAGUUCUCAGUUCUAAGCAAAGACGAAUGACAUUGUCACUGAAGAAACAGCUUAUGUCGGCUUACAAUCUGGAGUCGAUCAAAGCUGUGGUAUGGGGUAUCACUCAUGAAGAUGAUGCUCUGAGAAAGUAUGAAAAAGACUUUGAUGCAGCUGUAGAGCAAUCAGGGAUAUGGUUGCAUGAAUCCGGAGUGUUGGGAGCUUCACCUGAUGGCUUAGUUGUACGACCACCAACAUGCAGUCAGUCAUUCUACAAAAACAUGACCAAUUAA